AACCCCAACGUUGCCGGCCUCUAUCGACAACACGCCAGUCAUCACAUUACAGUGAUCGCAGAUCCGGGUCGUGACUGGAAUCUAUUCAACAACGAAAAUCUCCACGCCCAAUAACCAAAAACACCCACCCUUACGAGCAAGAUGUCUUACAACAAGCCUGAGAAGGACUUCGGUGAUGGUCCCAAGAUCCACAAGAUCCGAAUCACACUCACUAGCCGUAACGUCAAGUCCCUCGAGAAGGUCUGCCAGGAGCUCAUCGAUCGUGCCAAGACUAAGGAACUCCGCGUCAAAGGCCCCGUCCGCCUCCCCACCAAGAAUCUGAAGGUCACUACCCGAAAGACGCCUUGCGGAGAGGGUUCCAAGACCUGGGAUACCUACGAGAUGCGCAUCCACAAACGUCUGAUUGAUUUGAAUGCCCCAACUGAGGUUGUCAAGCAGAUCAUCAUCAACAUUGAGGCUGGCGUUGAGGUUGAGGUUACCAUUGCGGCUUAAGUUCUUGCAAGGCAUACUGGGGUGGACAGUCCUGGAUGGCUGAUGGAAUGAAUGGAUAUGUGGUGAUAAGCAGCUAGUUCGACAAAUGGAUUCGAAAAUGGAAUGAUAUCCCAUUCCGCAAAUAUCCAACCAACUGCGUUGUAAUAUUUGACUAUAGGAGAGAACCGAUUGCUCUGCCGCGUGAACAUCCAACCAUAGUUGAUAUAUUCGAGUUUCCAUCACAAAGGGUGAGAAGGAACACGUGCAGGACUGUUUACUAUUCGG